UCAGUCUAAACAAAAUGUUGGACUUUUUCAGAAUUUUCACAAUUUUUCUAAUAUUUUUGCUUAAUUUUCCACAAAACGAAAGUAAAAUAGUUAAAUUUACCAAAUUGGAAUGCAAGGAUUUUGACAAAUCGCUGAUUGCGUUUAAACUCUGCCAACUGAAGGCUGUGGGACGUAAUCGCAUUGCAAUGCAGGUGCAGGGGGAUUUGAAACAGCCGCUCAACGAUGGUCUGUUGAUCAAUGUUGAACUGUUUCGAAAAAGCCACGAUUUUCGACCGUUCCUCUACAAUGACACCAUGGAGUUUUGUGGUUUCAUUAAGAAUCCCAAUCGAUAUAUGUUUUGGAAGAUAUUGGUCCAGGAAAUGAUCAAAUACACCAAUCUCAAUCACACCUGUCCCUAUGAGGAUGAACUUGUCGUAAAGGAUCUCAUUUUGGAUGAUAGCAUGUUGAAGGCCUUGCCAUUUCCCUCCAAUGACUACAUGGUCCAAGUGAAGGCCCUGCAGCAGAACGACAUCAAAGCCGAAAUGAAAAUGUUUAUUGUAAUUAUUGAGUAAAAUAAUCUAUUUUUGUGGAUAUUGAAAACACUUCACCGUCCAUGGGUAAUAAUAUUAAAUAAUCUCACUCUCUGUCUCUGCUGGCCCAUUAAAAUUUUAUUAAUAAAACAAAAA